AUGGAACGAAUCGUUCGUGUUUUAAAUGUUGGACGUUUAAGCUACGGCGAGGCACUGAAAGUACAACAAUAUUUAGCGAAUAAUCAUUUUAAUAAAAUUCAUCACGAUAUUUCGGAUAUUUUAGUAAUCGUAGAACAUAAUCCCGUUUAUACAAUUGGAAUUCGUACUAAAGGAUAUACGAGUGAAGAUGAAAAACGUUUAACUAAUUUAGGUGCUGAAUUUUUUAAGACAAAUCGUGGUGGUUUAAUUACGUUUCAUGGACCUGGUCAAUUAGUUGCUUAUCCGAUAGUAAAUUUAAAAAAUUUUAAACCCAGCAUGCGAUGGUAUGUGUCGACAAUUGAACAAACUAUUAUCGAUAUGUGUAGUGAAUUAAAUUUACGUGCAAAUACAUCACCACAUACGGGUGUUUGGAUUGGUGAUAAUAAAGUAUGUGCAAUUGGUGUACAUGGUCGUAAAUAUGUAACUACGCAUGGAUUAGCUUUAAAUUGUAAUGUUGAUUUGAAAUGGUAUGAUCAUAUUGUACCAUGUGGUAUUGAAGAUAAAGGUGUUACAUCACUUUCAAAAGAAUUAAACACGGAAUAUACUGUACAAGAUGCGUUGCCAUUGUUUUUAAAUAGUUUUAAAAAAUUGUUUAAUUGCAAUUUAUUAUAUUUAAAUAAUGACGUGCAUACAAAAAUUAUGGAAAAUAUAAAUUAAAUAACGUACUUGUUUAAAAUCCAAUAAAUUUUGAAUUAAAAUCACGGAUCUAGUAAUUAUAGUAGGGAUGUAGUAUAAAGUCCUACUUUAGGCGAGAGGGGGGGGGUGUAUCACUCAGGGGAGAAGCAAUGUGCCUACUUUUGAUUGGUUGCGGCUUUCAUUUGCGGGAAAUUCAAAUAGAACGAUAAUAUUUCGUGUGUUUUAGAUUUUAAUAUUUCUAUAACUAUGGUUUUAGAUUACCUCAAGCAAUAUGCCUGCUUUUGAUUGGAUGCGGCUGUUCGCACUCUCAAUUGCGGGAAAAUUUAAAUGGGUAGCGAAUUCUGCGUGUGUUGUAGAUUGGUCCGAGCAUAAAAUAUUUCUAUUUAAAGUAAAA